AUGAUGAAACCACUACAAUCACUUGCCAUUUUCCUUGCGCUGCUCUCUGUAGACGCACUGGUAUCUCAGCCUGCUUCCUCCACAACAACAACAACAACAACAACAACAACUACUACUAAAGUAUCACUGCAAGACUUGUUGUCGACCUGUAUCGUGGCGUGUCAAUGCGGUUGUGACGAAAUUCGUGCUGUUCAACGGGCACGACAAGCCAACGACGGACAAUUGGAACAACAAGUGCAAUUCAAGGAUGUCACCGACCCCAAAUCGGCACUCACCGAAGCCGAUCAACGCGCGCAACAGGCCAUUGUCUCUGUCUUAUUACAACAACAACCAUGGGGACCCGCAUUGACCAUUGUAGGAGAAGAAGAUGAUGAUAGCACUAAAGCAAGCAAUGGCAACGAAGAAAUCGAUCUUAACAAACAAAGACCACAACCAUCGAUAGAUCUUUCUGCUGGAGAACAUUUUAGUCAGGACAAGGACAUGCAAGUCGACUUGGCGGAUGUCACUGUCUUUGUCGAUCCCGUCGAUGGGACUCGAGAAUUCGUGGAGGGACGACUCCACAAUUGUCAAGCAUUGGUGGGAAUUGCACUAAAGGGACAAGCCAUUGCGGGGGUUAUUGGGAGUCCGUUUCCGGCAAAUGACUUGUCAUCCGAUGCCACCAUUGUCUAUGGACAAGUCGGAGGCGGGUAUGGUGUCAUUGGAGCAGCAGCAGCAGAACUGCCGGCAUCCAAAGCAAACAGCAAUAAUCCACAAAAACGUCCCAUCAUGGCGUCGGGCGAUUCCACCAUUGCCGUCAUGACAGCGGCAAAAGACAUUAUCGAAACACAACUGGGUGGCACCAAUGUGCUCUACGGAGGAGCCGGAAACAAAAUUCUCGCCACGGCGUUGGGCCAUGUCGAUUGCGUCGUGCAACACAAAUUUGGCGGGCCCUGGGAUACGUGUGCGCCACAAGCCAUCUGCCACAGUAUGGGGGGAACCAUGACCGACAUGGCUGGGGAUCCCAUUCGCAUACACGAAGCAGACGCUUCACCAAAGUGGAAUCGAAUGGGAUUUGUCGCCACCUAUGCAAAUUCGUGUGUUGGCCACGAGGAACUGAUACAGUCCUUGCAACAAUCCGAUGAGGUACAAGCCUAUCUGGCUGAAGGGAGAGCCAUGAUUGCAAACAGCAAGUAA